AUGUACGAUUCGCAAGAGCUGAGCUACGAAAAUCGACGCCUCAUCGUACAAUACCUGCCGUUUUAUACUCGUCUCGAGGUGGCCAAACACAUUCCGGCGACGCGAAGCGCACACCUGAUCGCGCCGUUCAAUUUUGAGCAAGUCGGAAUUGUGCGGCAGAGCGAAAAUAAAUAUUGCAUCGAGGUCGGCGAUCGCACUUGGAAGCGUGAUAUUGAGAAUGCAGACACGUUGCGACACCUUUUCCGCCAUUAUCUCGCGAGGGCCGGUAGCCGGUUUUCAUUUCUUCGCCUCGAUGUGAGUACACUUUAUCCUAAUUUUAAAACCGAAAACUUUCGUUGUUCAGGAACUUGACCGCGAUUUCGAGAUGUUUAUCCCGCAAAAUCUGCGCGAAAUUAAGCUCACAUUCGCGCCAGAACUGACAAAAGUGGACGAGCUUCUGAGAAUAUGGUUGGACAAACUGAAAAGAUCCAGCGCCCGAAAGUUUCGCGUGGUCCUAGACGACAACCUCACCGAUGUCGCCAUUAUUGAGGAUGUCGCCGUGAGUCUUACCUCCCACCACUUUUGACGUCCUCUUUUUUGUUUUUUUGCAGACUUUUAAUAUCACAAAGUGUUUCGAUCUGGAACUAUUCGCGUCUUUGCGAGUCGGCUCUCCGUUUUUGAGAUGCCCCAUCAAAAAGCUCAAGAUCAGCGGCGGUCCGUCGACGCUCGAGCAGUUCCGCGAUUUUUGUGUAAAGUUCAAGGAGCAACACCACAAAAGCGGAUCGUAUUAUUGCGGAUGUGUAGAGUACCGAGAAGAGUUGCAGAUGGCGACCUUCUUCGAGUCGCUGAAGACCACACUUUGCGCCGAAGAGUAUAAUGGGUAGGUGUCUCAUCAUGUACACAAUGUUCUAUAACCACUUCCAGAAGUCUCUACGUGAAUUCGAUUGCAAACGACGAGGCGGAACUGCACAUUUCGUGGAGCCCGUCGUCCGUUGUUUCGCGGGAGGCUAUAGUGAUAGUGAGCGUUUUGAAGAAGGGCGAGAUGGUAAGUGGCGUUUGGAAAACUGAAAUCAACAAUAGGCCUUCUUAAUUCAGGACGAAUUGAAACGAGUGAGGGAAUUGAGGAGACUGGCGGCUGAAGCCGAUCUGAGAAAGUCUAGAAUUGUUUCGAGUCUGCUGAAAAUUGCGAAAUUUUCGUUCAUUCCGCUUCUUUCUCUUCUCGUAAUACGUGUCUUCUUUAGCUGAUAUUCGAAUAAACAUAAUUGCUCAUACAAUCUUGAUCUUGAUCUUCUAAUCCUCGUGCACACCUGCCGAUGCACCAUAGAGUGUCGUCUUUGAGGCAUUAUUCAAAUAAAUCGUGUUGCUCCAAUCCUCCUGCCCACCUACCGCUAGCGGCCGAUGCACCAUAUUACGUGAACGGACCAGAGGUCGUGUGCAGAAGGGGUAAGAACGGCCGAUGCACCAUGUGAACGCGGAGACGUAGGCACUCUAUUUGGUUGCACACACACACACACACACACUUUUUUGCCAUCCUACCAAAAAUGGACGAUUCGCAGGGGCUGUCCUACCAAAAUCUACGCUACAUCAUACAAUAUUUACCGUUGAGCACUCGCUUACGUGUCGCCCCAAACAUAUUGGGGCGGCGAGAAGUUCUGUUUCAAGCGGGUCAGAAUUGGGAGUCAGUUGGACGAUCGCGGCGUUCGGCAAUGUAAUCUUGAAAAUCGAAAGACCCUGCAACAAUUUGUGUAAAAUGAGUUGAAAUUUCCAGAAAUGUGUACGCGACGUGCAUAGCGAACGGCGAAACGAAACUGGAAAUUUCGCACUACCACCUGGAACGUGGUCUCGUUCAGACUCAAGUGUUGGUGAGAGUUUUGGUGAGGGGCUGCCUUUUUACUGAAUUUGACAAUAUUUGGUUCAGGCCGAAAGGAAACAAAGGAGACCGGCGGAGGAGUCAGGCAAUUUUUCGAUUCUGCUGAAAAUUGUGAAACUUUUCUGCAUUCUUCUCGUUUUACUCUUUCUCUUUUGUUGACAUUCCAAUAAAGUCCCAUUGCCUGCCGAUGCGCACCAUUAUGUUACGUCAUCUGGUCGAUGCACCAUGGGCCAUCGGAGAGACACAGCGUGUGUGAACCGAGAGACGCAGGAGGCAGAGACGGGGGAAGAGGUCAACCGGGGACCACCGCUCUUAUUUCGUGUUACGUGCUCCUCCGUCCGCAAAUGACGCUAAGCUACGAAAAUGUGUGCAAGACGGUACAAUAUCUGCCGUUCAACGUCCGGCGACACGUGGCCAAACACGUGCCGGGCACGAGGAGCGCGAGCCGAAACGCGCCGUUCCGUUUCGAUCACGUCAGGAUUGAGGGGCGGCGCGGAGACGUCUAUCAUUUCCAGUGUGCGUCGAAAACCGCGUCGACGCCGAUUUGGUGCUUCCGACUUCCCACCGCCAACAUGCAACACUAUGUGGCCUUCUAUCUCGACAAGGAGAACACGAGAAUUUCGGCUCUAGAAAUCACAGUACGUCCCCCCUUUAAAGGACCAGGGAACCCAAAAAUUUUUUGAUUUUUUUGUGAAAUGAUUUUGUGACUGUUUGAAUAGUCUCUCAUACACUCGUGAAAUGCUGCCUCUCAAAAAUGCCAAUGAACGAAACGGAAUGCAGUUGAAGUUGUGGCCGUGGCCUAGCGCCAAUGGCCGAAAAAUAUAUAAAAAUAUAUGCGCUUCUCGGCCAUUUUAUUUUUUCCGCUUUUUUACCGGGUUUUUUCCAAAAAUUCACGGUUUCUCCCAUUUUUCAGUUGAUUGACAUUUGUUCGGCACUUACUUUUUUUUUCACUGCUAAAAAAUUGUUUUCAUUCAGUCGAUAUGAAGUGCCAAAAUGGGAGAAACCGUGAAUUUUUGGAAAAAACCGGUAAAAAAGCGGAAAAAAUAAAAUGGCCGAGAAGCGCAUAUAUUUUUUAUAUAUUUCUAGGCCAUUGGCGCUAGGCCACGGCCACAACUUCAACUGCAUUCCGUUUCGUUCAUUGGCAUUUUUGAGAGGCAGCAUUUCACCAGUGUAUGAGACAAUAAGAGACAAUUCAAACAGUCACAAAAACAUUUCACAAAAAAAUCAAAACAUUUUUGGGUUCCCUGGUCCUUUAAAUUUCAACUCUUUUUUUGUUUUUGCAGAACUGUGACCGUGAUGUCGGGAUGCGUGUUCCGCACAGUUUGGAUCAUGUCACACUGUUGUUCACGGUGGACCUGACACAAGUGGACGUGGCACUGAGAAUGUGGGUGGAAAAGUUGAGAAACUCGAAAAUCCGAAAGCUCAGCGUGCUCAUGAGUGAUAAACUCGUCGAUGUCACCAUUUUGGAGCGUCUUGCAGUGAGUUUUCACCACUUUUGUGCCAUUUGAGGAACAAUUUUCUAGACCUUCAACCUUACGGAUAGUUUGACACUGUUCACCGACGUUCCGUUGAGAACAGAUUCUCCAUUUUUGAAAUGUUCGAUCAAAACGCUGUCGAUCUGUGAGUACGAUUCGAGUGAGGAAAAGUUCAGAGCGUUCUGUGUAAAGUUCAAGUCCGCAAACCAUGAAAUCCAAUCGUACUAUCGUGGCUACGUACACUUCCACGACGAGUUGCACAUUGGCGCAUUCUUCGAUUCGUUGAGGGCCACACUUUGCGCCGAGGAUUUGGAUGGGUAAGUGUGUUAACUUUGAAUGCUCAAAAAUGACGGAACACUUUCAGAAAUCUCUACGUGACCUCUAUGGCAAACCGUGAAACGGAGCUAGAAAUCGUGCACUACGAGGCGUGCGAUUCGUUGCGGACAGUCGUGUUAUUGACGGUUUUGAAGAAGGGCGAAUUGGUAAGAAACCAGUUUUAAACUUGAAUCGACAAUAUUUGAUUCAGGUCGAAGUGAAACGACAGAAGGAAUUGAGCAGACGAGCCGAGGAGUCUCGUGUUGUUUCGAUUCUUCAGGAGAUUGCCACACUCUUGCUCAUUCCGUGCUUCCUUUCUUUUCUUGUAAUCCGUUUCUUUUUCGAAAUUCUUCCGUAA